UACAGAGAUAGAGCGAUGGAGAAGAUGGACGAGCAGCUUCGGCAGUUGCAGGAGAAGAUGGAAGGAAGGCCGGAAAGACGUGCUCGAGGACACCCGUUCUCGAGGGAAAUCUUAGCUGCGCCGCUACCUGCGAGUUUUCGGGAGAUAAACCUGAUUUUUAAUGGAACGAGCGACCCGUCGAGGCACGUGAGAGCAUUCGAAAACAUGUCCGUCUUGCACGGGUAUUCGGAUCCGGUCAGCUGCAGAGCCUUCCUGUCGACCUUACGGGGAGGCGUGCUCGACUGGUUCCACCAAUUAGCUCCAGGUUCGAUCAGAGACUUUGAGGAUUUCGCAGGACAGCUUACUAAUCAAUACUCAAGUGCAGUCGCCCAGGAGAAGACAUACCUUACACUGAUGGCAAUGCGACAAGGCGAGAAAGAAUCCUUACAGAAGUAUGUUGCUCGAUACAAUCAGAUGUGUCUAGAGGUGCCCACGGCGGGUGACGAGGUGAAAGCAGGAGGAUUGAUCAGGAGUCUACGGCCAGGACCAUGUCGAACGUUGCUGGCAAAGACGCCUGCUCGAACUUACGAUGAGGUGCUCAAAAGAUGCAAGAAGUACAUUAAUUUGGAAGAAACGAAACCAGAGUUUGCCAAGCUCGAGGACGUUGUGAAACCUGAGCAGAAGAAGGGAAAGAUGAGCUCGCCCAGGAGGGGAUCACCUAAGAAAAAUUCCCCAAGAGGAGGAUCUUUUAAGAGGCUGUCGCCCAGGAGGGAUGGGCGAAAUUCAUUCCGAGAGAGGCGAGAAGAUCGCUGGCAAGGACGACCUCGAUUACUAAGCGGCCAAAGAUAUAACCAUUUUACUCCUAUCAACGCCCAGAUGGGUGAAGUCUUGGCGGCCAUAGAGGAGAAGUUGGAAAGCAAGGAAGUCACGUGGCCAGCGACCAGGUUCGAAGGACCGACCAAACCUAGAUCGAAUAAAUAUUGCAGAUUCCAUAGGGAUUAUGGACAUAAUACAGAAGAUUGUAGACACUUGAAAGACGAGAUCGAGCGUCUCAUACGGGCAGGGCACUUGAAAGAAUUUGUCAUUCGUGAUCGACCACGGGGUAAAGAAAGGAGAAGGUGCAGGGAAGAUUCUGUGGCGAGGAGCGAUAAGGACGACGAUAGGGAAGACGAUGCUAGAAAAGAAAGAAGGAGGCGACAAGACGAUGGUCGAGAGGAGCUGAGGGAUGAGGUGCCUGCGAAAAGAGGCACGAUUUACAUGAUCUCAGGAGGGACAACGGAUGGGGAUUCAAAUAAUGCGCGAAAGGGGCAUGUGCGGGCGGUGAAGCGUAAAAGAGAAGAGGUCGGGAUAACUGGUCGAAUGCUUGUGAUUAGCUUUCGAGCAGAAGACGCGGAGGGAAUCUUGUUACCCCACAAUGACGCGCUGGUCAUCACGGCCGAAGUGGCAGGUUUUGAUGUGAAAAGAGUGUUCAUCGACACGGGGAGCUCAGUCGACGUGAUGUUCUACGAUUGUUUUGCGCAGAUCAACAAACACCUGAAUCUGGAACUGAAACCGGUGGCGACAGCUUUAUAUGGGUUUAACGGUGGAGAGGUAAUACCAAUGGGCGAAGUGAGCCUGACCGUAGCAUUGGGGUCGGGCGACACGAGGAAAGUAAGGAUGGUCCG